CAGGCAAUACAUUCAUACACAUUAAAAAUAAUAAAAUAUUAAGAAAAAGAAAAUAAUGAUGGAGAACAGUAUGAUGCUCCCACAGCUAGAAGCCUAAUGAGAACUAGGAAGUUAAGUAUUAUAGAAGCCAGAAUGCAUCUCAAGUAAAUCCCUGGCAUACGCAUUGGUACCUUGUGGUUCUGUGCUUGUCAUGUUUCUCACGCUGGAUUGUACAUCUAGGAGCAUAGGUACUCUGUUGGCCUUUGUUCAUUAGUUUGUCUUAGUAUUCUAUAUAUUGUCUAGUACAUGACAGGUACUCAGUCAAAUGAAGGGACCAUGGGGGUGUCUCACCAGAUUGUGUCAAGUGCCUUUGGGAAUGAAUAUGUUCCAAACUAUACUUCAUUUUCAAGCUUUGCGAUCAAUGACGAAUAAAAAGUGUGUGGAACCUGGGACCUUGGGAAUUCUGUAACCAAGACAUGGAAGUAACAGCCAGGGAAGACAAAAAGAAUGUUCCUUUCGUUCCCCUUCCAAGUUCUUAGUAGAGGGCUGAGCCCAGCAUCCCAGACUUGUGUGACUAGGUGAACAUUAGGAGACUAACUUCACUUGCCUUUAGUGUCUCAAGGUGGCCUCUGAGUAGACAGAGGCUUCCAAGUAGCAGAUCCCCCACUGAGCAAGCCCAACACCAUGGGGAAGGGAAAUACCACAGAUACAACAUCAGUUACCCCAGCCUAUCGCUCUGUCAUGGAGGAAUAUGGUUAUGAAGUGGGUAAGAUCAUUGGCCAUGGCUCCUAUGGAACUGUGUAUGAGGCUUACUACACAAAGCAGAAGGUUAAUGUGGCUGUCAAGAUCAUCUCAAAGAAGAAGGCUUCUGAUGACUAUCUUAACAAGUUUCUGCCACGUGAGAUACAGGUGAUGAAAGUCUUACGGCACAAGUACCUCAUCAACUUCUAUCAGGCUAUUGAGAACACCUCCCGAGUAUACAUCAUUUUGGAGCUGGCUCAGGGUGGUGACGUCCUUGACUGGAUCCAGCGCUAUGGGGCCUGCUCUGAAUCCCUUGCUGGCAAGUGGUUCUCCCAGGUGGCCCUGGGCAUCGCCUACCUACACAGCAAGGGCAUCGUACACCGCCUGAUCCCCAGCCUUUCUGCUGCUGGUAGGGACUUAAAGUUGGAGAACCUGUUGCUGGACAAGAAGGAGAAUGUGAAGAUAUCGGACUUUGGCUUCGCCAAGAUGGUGCCUUCUAACCAGCCUGUGCGUAGUAGCCCUUCUUACCGCCAAGUGAACUGCCCUACCCACCUCAGCCAGACCUACUGUGGCAGCUUUGCUUAUGCCUGCCCAGAGAUCUUGCUAGGCUUUCCCUACAACCCUUUCCUGUCUGACAUCUGGAGCAUGGGCGUCAUCCUCUACACUCUAGUGGUUGCACAUUUGCCCUUUGAUGACACCAAUCUCAAGAAGCUGCUGCGAGAGACUCAGAAGGAGAUCACUUUCCCAACUACCCUCACCGUCUCCCAGGAAUGCAAGAACCUGAUCCUCCAGAUGCUACGCCAAGCUCCCAGGCGUGCUACCAUCCUGGACAUCCUCAAGGAUCCCUGGGUGCUUAAGUUCCAGCCUGAGCAACCCACCCACGAAAUCAGGCUGCUUGAGGCCAUGUGUCAGCCCCCCGGCACUACCACUAAUCAUCACCAAUCCUUGGAAAUCAGGACUUGAAAGUGGCUGAGGCAGGGGGGUAAGGAGCAAAGCAGAAAGGUCUGGGGUAAAAAACCAAAAUAAAUCCCAAAACAAUAUAAAAUCUAAUUCUGAUUUAGUUUCACAACAUUCUUUCCUCAA